AUGGAUCCGCAGCUCAGACAGCGCGCAGUCGUGUGUCCAGGAUUCGAUGCGAUGGACAGAAGCCCUGUGGUCUUUGUGCAUCUAAAGGAAAGGAAUGUUCGUAUGUCCCCAGCAGACGCGGAGGACCCCGCAAGAAAAGACACCAAAGCUAUUCUCCCGAACAUCUUACACACCAAGAUGAUGCGCAUCAUCCAGAGUCGCUGGUUCAUGUUUGAUCAAUUCGAUUUCUUAUCUGUGCCUGCGGCAGGCUUACACGCCUUGGAUCCGAUGGACCACUCUCCCCCAUCCCAGCCUUCCGAUACCGCCGAAAGCGAUCAAUUUCUUAUGCAGACAGAUUCAGAGCCAUCGAGCUAUAGCGAUGUUCCAAAGUUUCUGCCAAUUGACAACCAUGCUCCGUACGCUGGAUUAUCGCAUAAAAGCCCCGCGAUGCUCUACGUGCCUAUAUCGCCUCUGAGCCUUGCCGUGUCUGCAAUUUUAGCUUUGAUACCACACCCCGGGGAUCUGGAACCACUUUCUGAGGAGUCUGUCAUUCAACGGAGGGCAUAUGCACAUACAUUUGCUACCCUUGCAAGCUCGAAAGCAGAAGAAGAUUGGGAUUUUGAGUCAUCAUGCGAUCUGAGCCAACCACGGCCAAAUCAGCAGCCUUCCAUCCCUCGAGGAAGGUUCCAUGACUACACACCAGUAGAACUUGAAAGCUUGUUGGCUUUGCUAGUGCUUUCGGUAUACGAAUAUGCCCAGAGGGGAAAUGUGUUGAAGAUGAAGUCCCGCGCUCGUCAAGCCUUGUCCAUUGCGAUGGAUAAAUCCCUCGAUCGUUGGAUGGUUGAAGAUGGCGAUUCAGAAGCCCGGCGAAGAGCUUGGUGGAUGACGUAUUACUGCUUCAUCCAAUGUUCAAUUGUCAACGCGACUCCUCUUACGAUCACUAUCAACGACCCUGAAUUCAAAACUCCUUAUCCGACGUUCUCAUCAGAUAAAGAGGGGUGGUCUAUCCUGAUCCAAACACAACAAUUGCUGGUGUCUGCCACCCAAUAUAUCACCGACCUCGACAGAGCAAUUUCUUCCCGCACAAAGCUUGAUUCUGUCUUCCGGGAAAUGCAAAGGCUUGAUACCUGGGCAAAAUCCAUACUCGCGCAAGUAGAUCGGCUUCCAACACUCGCAGACGAGCCCGGUAAGAGCAACUACGGCGAGAUCACCACGGCCAAGAGCGUGCGCGCAAUGUCAACAAUCAAACUGAACAGUGCCCACAUCAAGAUCCACCGAUUCCGCGCCUUCUCCGAUAUUCCAAUCUUCAUCAAGAAGCAUUGCGAUCUGGCAGUGGCUUAUACAGAUGAAUCGAAAUCUCAUACAGAACUGAAUGCCGUGGUAACUCAGGCCGAGACAGAAAACCCAUCGUGUUCGUGCAGCAGCCUCAAGCCGUUCCAAGAUCUCUUUUCAGUCGAGCCAUCCUUCCAGCCUGCCAAUUCAAAUGCAGAUUCUUCGGCCACACAGGGGUCCUUCUCGCCAGACUUUCCCUACAGCUGUCAAGAUUCCACGAAAAUCUGUUACCGGGCUGCGAUUACCAUUUCGAAAAUGUUUGAGAGUCUGCCUAUACCGCAACCUUUACAACCCCUUCAUCAGCAGCAGCUAUAUCGCGAGAACCUUCCCCGAACAAUGCCGUCUUUUGCCUGCUGUCUCAUGCAAAGCAGCUAUGCUAUGCUUAUGUUGUUCUAUAAAGCUCGUGUGGGUGUGGGAUUCUGUUCGGGAUCAGAUGAACAAAAUACCGAAAGAUCUCUUGCAGAACAUAUAAAUGAGUUACGGCAUGGUCUGCGGCGUACGAUUACUGCGGCUUCAAAUUACUCGCAAGCAUUUGAAGCGUUGAAUGGAAUGAGAGACGAGAUUCGUGGUGCAUAUGAAACCGCUUUUCCUGAAGACUUUAUGGACGAUGGAGACGUCACUGCUGUUCCUGUCGAUAUCAGCAACAUUGAUGUUGGUGGUUUCACUGGAUAUGGAAAUUGA